GCGAGCCCGAUCCCAAGUGUUCCGGUUGGACAGGAUGUUUGGAGACUUCAGGAGGAGUCAUGCUCACGGCCACGAGGCUAACGAGUUGGAGUCGUUCAUGGAUUCCUUGCGAGAAAGGCGUUUAGAAACGAUAAAAUACUUUACCCACAUGACAACCACCGAGAACAUCCGCAAAAUAUUCAAAGAUGGUACGAUGUUUCCGCGAAACACCGAGACUCCUCAUUGGUCUGUUUUGUCACGUGAUAAGGAUGCGCCAAUGGGAGUAUGGUUCAGCGCAAGUCUAUACCACGGAGAACUUCCAGAAACGUCUGCUUUCGGCGAUAACCGGAUUAAAAUACCAUGCCAGUUCAUUGUCCAAAAUAUGUUCCAACCACGAUUAUUCUUGGAGGCGUUUUAUUACUAUGAAUCAAAUCCUAAAAAUCAAAUUGUUCGAUUGAUUCUUGUUGACGCGGAGGUACACAGAAGAGAAGCUGAGUGGUGUGAGAAGAAAUGUCUGAGACGUCUAAAUAUGGUGGACAACAAAAUUCUUGUGCUUAAUCGAAAUAAGAAAGUAUACCAAUGUGUGAAGAACGACGGUGAGUUGUUUCCGUACAUAUGGGUGGAGGUUUUAGUCGUGGGGCAAGUGGAUAUGGUUGCCAUAGAUACCAUAGACGAGACGACUCCAAGCAAGCUAGAACCAACGCCCGGAAAAGUUCCAACGGGAGUUUAAAGACCCAAUCUCUUUUAUAAGAAUAAAAGUUGGCUUUACUCGUUUAUGAUGGGAACGCGUUUUGUUGCUAUGUCCACGUCAAUAUCGAAAUUGACAUGUGUUGAAUCAUUUUGUAAAUUAAAUGUGUAAGGCAAGCUUUUUUUUCAAAGUUGAAGGAUGUUUGAUUUUAUACACAGUAUAUCUGGCAAUACAGGUUAGCAAGGCAAUGCCAAAUUUGUGACAUAUUAUGGGAUAGCCAUAACUAUUUCUGCUUAGCACUCUUGAUUUGUUAUAGAAUUGCAUGCGGAUAUUAGUUAUAUGAUUAAUAUAAUAAUAAAUAAUAAGUAAAUUUAGUUCACUGGC